AGAAGGUCCUGCGCUGAGAGAAGGGGGCGGAGACAGGACUACGCGCCUGGAGUAGGAGGAGGAGGAAAAAAGAGACCAUAGAUUUCCAUCCUUGCCUAGAGCGGCCCUUAAAGUGCCAGGGAGAGGAGGGCGGGCGGGGACCACUCCAGAAUUGGCCGCUGGCGGUAUCAUGGCGACCCGGAACCCCCCUCCCCAAGAAUAUGAAAGUGAUGACGACUCUUAUGAAGUGUUGGAUUUAACUGAGUAUGCAAGAAGACACCAGUGGUGGAAUCGAGUGUUUGGCCACAGUUCGGGACCUAUGGUAGAAAAAUACUCAGUAGCUACCCAGAUUGUAAUGGGUGGCGUUACUGGCUGGUGUGCAGGAUUUCUGUUCCAGAAAGUUGGAAAACUUGCAGCAACUGCAGUAGGUGGUGGCUUUCUUCUUCUUCAGAUUGCUAGUCAUAGUGGCUAUGUGCAGAUUGACUGGAAGAGAGUUGAAAAAGAUGUAAAUAAAGCAAAAAGACAGAUUAAGAAACGAGCAAACAAAGCAGCACCUGAAAUCAACAAUUUAAUUGAAGAAGCAACAGAAUUUAUCAAGCAGAACAUUGUGAUAUCCAGUGGAUUUGUGGGAGGCUUUUUGCUCGGACUUGCAUCUUAAGGACAUGAAUAUUCUCCCAUAGUAGAUUCAACUAUGAGAAGAGAAGUGGCAGCAAUAAGGCAGUCUCUCAACAGUCAUGCUGCCAGAGUCUCUAGGGCAAGGAGAAACAACUAGCCAGACAAUACUCAAUUCACAACUUAGCAUUUUGCCAUCUGAAGCUUGGCAAACUAGUAUCUGCUGUAAAAUAACCUGUAUGGUAUGUGAACCAUAGUAUUCCUGAGCAAAACAUGGCUUUCACCGCUUUGUAAAAAUUUGCAUCUGUUUAGAAACUAGCCUAUAAAAUAUCACCAUUGGAUGUAGAUAUGGAGAGAAAAGAAAUAUGUUGGGUUUAUUGCUUAGUGAAAUAUUUUCUUUUUGUUUAAAUAAAAUGUUCAUUGUGUUUUAUGGUAUGUGUCCAUAAUUUAAAAUUUGUAUUAUAGUUUCAGUAUUAAGGCUGACUUUUUUUUUUUUUUUUCUAGAUAUGUUUCCAAUAAGUUAAAAAAACUGUAAUACUCUUUUGUGGAAAGCUUUAGAAAUGAUAUAAUUAUUAAAGAUAUUAAACAGACUCUGCCGAUGUAAUAUGA